CCUCGACCUGUCCCUGAACGUGCCGCAACAUCACCAGUCGUCGUACCAUCACCAUCACCACCACCACGACGGCUAUAGCAUGGCUGAACAGACGUUUCACACGCCAAGCUUCGGCGAUGAAGACUUCGACAUACCUGCGAUGCAUUCGCAUCCGCAUCAGCAGCAACAGCAUCAACAAUCCCAGCAGCAUCACCAGCAACAACAGCAGCAUGAUCAGAUGCACCACGCAUACCAGUCACAGAUGAUGUCGGGAGCCGGUAUGCAGCAGUCCCCAGACGGCUUGAGCCUCGAUCCCGGUGGGUACCAGCAGUCCCUCUACCUUCAGGGGACAUUCCACCAGGAACAUCCAAUGCAGUCGAUCAACGUCAGUUCGGCGUAUAGCAGUCCCCAAAGCUCGUAUACAACGAUGAGCUCGCCAGGUCAGCAGCACACUGGUCAGCAGCAGAUGCUCCUUAUGCAGCAGCAGCAGCAACAACAGCAGCAGCAGCAGAUGCAGCACCAGCAGCAGCAGCAGCAACAACAACAACAACAGCAGCAGCAGCAGCAGCAGCAGCAGCAGCAGCAACAGCAGCAGCAAUUGCAGUAUAGGAGCCCUGCAGGGGGUAGCCCCCCGGCUAUGCAGCAGACCGUCGUCCCCGAGAACACGACGACCAGCGAGGAUAGUGAUGAUAGUACACCACACUCGGCAAUGAUAACGGGUAUCAAGAGACCUUCCCCGGAACCGGCCGACACGAUGAGCAAGGCACAAAAGAAACCAAAGGCUCAGAAGAAAAAAAAGAAGCGAGAUCCCAACGAACCGCAAAAGCCAGUAUCAGCAUACGCGCUGUUCUUCAGGGAUACACAGGCAGCUAUCAAAAGUCAAAAUUCGAAUGCGAGCUUCGGCGAAGUUUCAAAAAUUGUCGCGUCAAUGUGGGACGCCCUGGAUACAGAGCAUAAGGACGUGUACAAGAAGAAGACGGAGGCCGCGAAGAAGGAAUACUUGAAGGCUCUGGCCGCCUACCGGGCCUCCCUCGUGCAGAAGGGUGGCGAGGAACAACAACAACAACAACAACAACAACAACAACAACAACAACAACAACAACAACAACAACAACAGCAGCAGCAGCAACAGCAGCAGCAGCAACAGCAACAGCAGCAAGUGCAGUACUCAAAUUAUGGGGCACCGUACGGGACAAGCGGGGCACCGGCAGGAGUCGCCUAUCAGGUCUAUAGUCCUCAGCCACCGUCGCCCCAACAACAGCAACAGCAAAUGGCAGCCAUCAAGAAGUCGCCCCAUCACCUCUCACCCAGCUCGCACAUGCAGGCAACUCAGCAUCAGCAGAGUCUAAUGGGCAACCCAAUGGCACCGCCUCCUCACAUGACGCAGCAACACAUGCAGCAGCAAGUCUCGCAGCAACAGUACAUGCAGCAGGUACCGCAGCAGCAGGUCCAGGUACAGCAGCAGCAGAUCCUGCACAUGAGCCCACCCCGAGGUAGUGACUCGCUCUCGAGUCCGCCACCGGUCAACAGCUCCCAGGCAGCAGCCGCAUCAAUGGCCCAGCAACAGCAGCAGCCGACCAACGCCUGCAUUCGCCAUGGUUGCCCGAAUCCUGCCAUCUCCAAUACCGAGUGGGAGGACGAGUACUGCAGCAACGAGUGCGUCGUCAGUCACUGCAGGGACGUUUUCCACAAUUGGGUGCCGACAAAUCAGAAUCCACAGCAGAACUUCUCGACAGUCAAGUAAGAACGAUAGUGACAACGGGACAAGACAUAAGAUACACAGCAAGAAAAGAAAUAUUAAACCAACCCAAACGCAUUGGACUUUCGACGAAUCGGAAAAGGUCCGUCGUCGACUGAGAUAACAAAAUAAGUCUUAUCUGGUAUGUACAUAGAGGAAGAGGAGAAACGGAGAAGCUGGAUUUUAUGGGAACGCAAUCAAAACUCGUGCCCUGGACUGAAUCGAAUCGUACGAGCAAGACGCAGCCGUUGCCUUCUUUUCUUAUCUUCUCCUCUGGUUAGGUGCGAAGA